CUUUUCGGCUGAUGCUGUCAAAGCUGUCGCUGGCGUUGUAACUUAUGUAGUCCUCCCUUUCAGCAACUUUGCUGUCCAAUCGUGUCAGCCAUCGAUGACAGCGCGGUCCAUUUUAAAAUCUAUCAUCUUUCGAAGCUCAAACUGCUUAUUUUCACGGUCUCUUUAAAGCAGUUUUACCACAACUACAAAAUAAUAUGAUUUUUAAGUAGCAGAUGAAGAACACCAGCAAACUAGAGGUGGGAGAAAUCUUUUCAGCAGCGGGAACUGCAUUCACCAAGCUGGGAGAACUGACCAUGCAGCUGAACCCUGUUGCCGACUCCAGUCCGGCGGGAGCAAAAUGGACGGACACAGAGAUUGAAAUGCUGCGCUCAGCCAUGCGACGCUUCUGUGAUGACCUGAAUGCUAUCAGCUUGGUCAUCAAGGACCGCACUGUAACCCAGAUCAAGAACACGGUGAAGAGGAAGCUGUACGAGGACAGUGGUGUACCCCCACCUAUGAACUCCCCCAAGAAGACAGCUGUCACCUGUGGGGUCCCAACACCUGCCUCUCAGGUGGCUGUAGCCUCUAUACUUCAAUGCCCUUCCACUGCCCCCACUACCAUCAAUAAGAAGACAGCAGAUGAGGUGAACUUAAGUGGACUUAAUGACUUAGAUGCGAACAGUCAACUAGCGGAUAUUGAGGGACUGGGUCAAGGAUCCUCCACCAAAAAAGUCAACUUUGAUCAGAGUGAGAAUUUCCUAUCACCUUUGAGCGACUUGCACUUGUAUCCUAAAUAAUGGCAAACUAUGAUGAUCCUCUGGUAUGGUUUGUGUACAGCAGUGAUUUGUCUAUCAGUAAACUAACCUGUUUAGUAAUAACAUUUUGGAAUGCCAAUUCAAAUUUUAAUCCAAUACUAUUAAGCUGUUAAAGUUGGUAGGGGAAACCCCACGUGGUGUUUAAGGUACCUAACUGCAUAGUUUGUAUGUGUGUUUACAUGUUUGAUCAUGUAUUGAUUUAAUGCCAGGAAAUGGAGAACCACAGUAUAACAUAUUAUACAGUAAAACAUUCUAUUGCCAGUAGCUUAUUUGAAAUGGUACUCGUACAUUGAGGCUCUCAAAGGAAGAGAAGCAUAUGAACAAUCUGGACUCCAGUCUCAUCAUGCAUUCAGGUGACCUGCCUCUUUUGUCACACUAAUUGUACUUUUCUGCUCUUGACCGUCAAACCUGACCGCACUUCGGGAGGAGGCCUAGCAUCCUAGACUGGCGAACCUUAGGAAAAGGUUGGGGGUCCUGUUACCAUCACCGGAUUGAAUUUGGUUCCUAGUGGAAUGACUGGCAUGAAGAAAUGGUGCCAGUGCAACGAAAGGGUCCACGCGUUUGGGAAAAUAUGGAAAUGUGUUGCAGAUCAUUUUUAAGCAAUAACUUUAAAGGUACAGCCAAACUUGUUGGGACUUGGUAAUAUGAAUAUCAUCUUAUCACCUGUUUUUGACUGGUAACACCAAUUCCUUUACUUGACAAAAAAUUUGGAUAUUUUUCUAUGUAUUACAAUUUUUUAUGCCAUGUUAACUUUAAAUUAUGAUAAAUAAAUUAAGGACUUCAUUCAACUGAAUGUAUACCACAGUAUGAAGUAGUGAAUUUUUCUUUGAGGUCAUACUUCUGUGGUAUUAUCUAACAGUUAAGUACAAUAUGUGCAACAUUCCAAAAGUAAUUGAAUUUAUUGAAAUGACACUGACCAUUAAUGACCAUUUUAAUUGUAUACAGUUGAAGUAUAUAUUCAGGAAAGAACUAAUGCAAAAUUUGACAUACCCAAGUUCAUGAAGGCUUACAUUAAAACAGCUAGCCUACACUG